AUGAAUUCAUAAAAAUCUAAUAAGACAGACAUACUUUCAAAGGUUGCUUAAUUAGUGAAGAAAUUAUAGCAUAGAGAAUUACCACAUAAGAUGAUCGAAGCAGCGGUAUUGUCUCGUAAAACAUCGGUUCCAAAAAAUACAAAAUUGCUUCUUUAAUAGGAACAUAUUGUGAAAUAAAUUACUAUUACUCAAAGGGCCAAAGGGAAAUAAUAGAACUAAAAUUAAUGUUAAUCUCAUCACGAAUUAUAUAACGUAGAACUAUUAAGAAGAAGUCCUGAAUAAAAAGAGUAGAAAACAGAGGACAACUAAGAAUAAAGGUUUGUGUAGUAGAAGCUUCCGUAAAUCAAAUCGUAGAAAGGCUUUUCAAGAAGCUCUAAAAACAUUGCCCCCAUAUAAAAAAAUGUGAUUAUCAGCUAUUAAACAGCUACUAAUAAUAGCAUCACUUAAAUAAGCAACAUACAAAAUACAUCCAAUCAACAAUAAGACACUAAGCCUACUAUCAAAGUCAAUAAUUUUAACAAUGUGGCAAAUCUACUUUAAACAACCACUGUCUUAAGCAAAUAACCCAAUUCAAAUGAAACCGAAAAGAAAUCUUAAGCAAUCAUCUCCUCAUUAUAAUAACCACUACCAAAGCAAACAGCAAAAAGAUUGCCAAUACCAGAUUCGAGUAAUUUAUCUCUAAGUGGAUGGACAGACCGAUCCCCUAUAAAUUGA